AUCCUUAAAAUUCAUAAACUUCCAGAUACGUUGAAAGAGCAAUUGCUACAAUUUUGCAUGUUGAUCCAUCAAUAUGGCUGAACCCUCAAGCCCCUUCACUUCCAGACCCUUCAACACCUAAGAAUAGAGACAUUUCCUACGUGCCACAAAACUGAAAUCCCAUCUCAGAAAUUCAUUUCCAUUGUCAUCUAGUGUCCCAUGUUCAAAUUUUCCCAAUUGACCCCAAAAUAUCUUUGAGAGCCUCUUAAAAUUGAGGAUCCAAUUGAGUUUCAUGCAUUUGGUUGUAAGGAGUGUUAGUAUCUAGAGCGAGCACCCCCUACAGACACUCAUUUUUAUGACAGACUGAAGGACCUGGGCCAGCCGUUCCAGGUCAUAUCCUGUCUUUAGGGUUUGUUUGAUUGUUUCCUUGAGGGAUCAUUUGACUUGUUCUUCUCUACAAUGCCCUUUACACUGGAAGUUGGGUCUGAAGGUGGAAUUGGAUUGUGAUAGAACAUUUCUGGUAAGGACCCAUCUUCGGUGGUGCCAUGUACUCCCCUUGGCGUGACAUCAAGAGGCAGGGAAAGCCAGAUUGUCCUCUCUCAGGGGAAUGCCAUCUUUGGUUGCUGGGGUAAAGUGAGGCAGAGUUCUAACUGUUGGCAGGAGAGAACAGUAAUACAGAGCUGUCCCUUUUCUCUGCCUUUUGGUGUGUUGGUCUGGCUGAGCCAUUACCCAUGGCCAGUGUGAGAAACAAUUCCUCUGGAGGCCACAUCUUUAGGCAUCUCUUAAUACCACAGGUGUGGGAGCAGAGAGGGAGAGAGACCCAAGAGUGGGAAGAGCUGUGGUGAGGUGUCCCCCAAGGUGAAGGAUGCUUGUCGAAACUGUCCCUGCUGAGCGGGAGCCAGAGCAGCUCGGAGGAGUGAAACUGGAGGAGGAGGAGGAAGAGGCUGCCAGCCCGGAGGACCCCAGGCGGCCAGAGAUAAGGCUCCGACCAGAAGUGGCUCACCAGCUCUUCAGAUGCUUCCAGUAUCAGGAGGACAUGGGGCCCAGGGCAUCGCUGAGCCGGCUCCGGAAGCUCUGUAGCCACUGGCUGCAGCCAGCACUACACAGCAAGAAGCAGAUCUUGGAGCUGCUGGUGCUAGAGCAGUUCCUAAGCGUGCUGCCCCCACACCUCCUGGCCCGGCUUCAGGGCCAGCAGCUGAGGGAUGGCGAGGAAGUGGUGGUGCUGCUGGAGGGUGUCCAGAGGGAGUCCGUCGACGUGGGGCCACUGGAUUUUAGUUUUAACACUGGCAAGAAUUGUCCCCGUGCAGACAUCACCUUGGAAGAACAGGGGGACCCUUCCCAGGUGUCCAUCCAUAGCCCCAAAAAGGAAGUGCCCCCAGAAAAGCCUCCAGCCCUGGAGCCAACGAAAGGACUCCUGCCAUCCCAGCCAGGGCCCUCUGAGUCUGCUGAGCUGGGGGCCUGGAGACGUCCCGCACGUUCAAAGCAGCCACUGAGCCCAGGUUCCAAGAGGACAUUUCAGGCCCUGCAAGAGAGUGGUGAGGAGCUACUGCCCAAGGGAAGGCGGGAGCUGGGAGGCCAGGUGGGGAGACAAGUGGGCAGCCUCUGGUUGACAGGAAUAGAUGAGCACCAAGAUGCCUCUCAGAGGCACUUGGUGAGAAGUGCACGUCCUCACAGCCUCAUGGUGGAUAAGGCUGGCUUCUCACAGCUCUUUCUCUCCCUCCCAGUGCUGUCAGCCCCCCAGGACCGUGAGCUGUGGCCUGAGGAGAACUCCCACGAUCAGGAGCUGGCUGCUGUUCUGGAGUCCCUGACCUUUGAAGACGCCCCAGUGAAGAAGGCGUGGCCUGUGCACCCUCUGGGAUUUGGAAGCAGAACCCCAGAUCAGGCAUUUCAAGAAGAGCCCAGAGGGGUUGCCUGGUCUGCUGCCAUCUCCGCAGAAUCUCAGGAAGGUAGUCCGGGGGUGACAGAAGAGCCCCAUGCGCAGUCACUUGGGCAGGGCCCUGAAGUGAGCAGCUCUCAUGGAGGAGAGUCCCCUGAUGGUAAGAGUGAUGUUCUAGAGGCCAAAGUGGCCGGAGGGGGCUCCAAUCCGGAAGCAGAGACGAAGUUCAUCUGCACAGAAUGUGGGGUGAGUUUCACGAAGCUGGCCCGCCUGGAAGGGCACCAGUUGCGGUCUCACCCCGGAGCGCGGUCCUUUCCAUGCCUGUGCUGUGGGAAGACCUUCGGCCGCAACUCUAUCCUCAAGCUGCACAUGCGCACGCACACGGACGAGCGGCCACAUGCCUGCCACCUCUGCAACCACCGCUUCCGCCAGAGCUCACAUCUAAACAAGCAUCUGCAGACACACUCCGAGCCUGCCUUCCUGUGCGCCGAAUGCGGCCAGGGCUUCCAGAGUCGGACCAGCCUCCUGCAGCACCUGUUGGCUCACGCCCAGGACCAAAAGGCGUCCUGUACCACGGAGACCAAGACCAAAGCUCCAGAACUGGCUGUUGUCCUGUGCUCCCAUUGUGGCCAAACCUUCCAGCGCCGCUCCAGCCUCAAGCGCCACCUGCGGAUUCACGCCAAAGACAAGGGCCACCAGCGCUCGGAGAACUCAGACAGCCUGCACCGGAGCCCUGAUGAGCGCAGGCCCUAUGUGUGCAGCGACUGCGGCAAGGCUUUCCGGCGCAGUGAGCACCUGGGGGCCCACCUACGUGUGCACACCGGCGAGCGGCCCUUCUCCUGCCAGGUCUGCAGCCGCAGAUUCAGCCAGAGCUCCCAGCUGGUCUACCACCAGCGGGUGCACACGGGCGAGAAGCCCUAUGGCUGCCAGCAGUGUGGGAAGCGCUUUGUGCGCCGAGCUAGCCUAGCCCGCCACCUCCUGACACACGGUGGCCCAAGGCCCCACCGUUGCACCCAGUGCGGCAAAACCUUCAGCCAGACUCAGGACCUUGCUCGCCACCGGCGCAGCCACACCGGCGAGAAGCCCUGCCGCUGCAGCCAGUGCGGCGAAGGCUUCAGCCAGAGUGCCCACCUAGCUCGCCACCAGCGCAUUCACACAGGGGAGAAGCCCCACGCCUGUGACACCUGUGGCCACCGCUUUCGCAACAGCUCCAACCUGGCCCGCCACCGCCGCAGCCACACCGGUGAGCGGCCCUACGGUUGCCAGACAUGCGGUCGGAGUUUCCGACGCAACGCCCACCUGCAGCGGCACCUGGCCACCCAUGCAGGCACAGGGGAUGCGGUGUCCGGGCAGGCCGAGCCCCCUCAAGAGUGCCUAGAGUGUGGCAAGAGCUUCAGCCGAAGCUGCAACCUACUGCGUCACAUGCUGGUGCACACGGGAGCCAGGCCUUACUCCUGCACACAGUGUGGCCGCAGCUUCAGCCGCAAUUCCCACCUGCUGCGCCACCUGAGAACCCACUCCCGGGAGACCCUGUACUAACUUCACUCAGGUUCCUCCAGGCCUGUCCUGUGG